UGUGAGUGUCGGAGACGCGCCCCAGGAACACACCCAGAAAUAGAAACAGGUUCACAGCGAGCAGCUGCAAUGGCCGCGACCGGAGUUCUCCCCUUCAUCAGGGGGGUAGACCUUAGUGGAAACGACUUCAAAGGAGGUUACUUUCCAGAGCAUGUGAAGGCCAUGUCAAGCCUGCGCUGGCUGAAGCUCAACAGGACGGGACUCUGUUACCUCCCCGAGGAGCUCUCCUCUCUGCACAAGCUGGAGCACUUGUCUGUCAGUCACAACAAUUUGACCACUUUACAUGGCGAGCUGUCCAGUCUCCCGUGUCUCAGGGCGAUCGUUGCCCGAGCAAACAACCUUAAGAACUCUGGAGUUCCGGAUGACAUUUUUCAGCUGGACGACCUCUCUGUUCUGGAUCUGAGUUACAACCAGCUGACUGAGAUUCCAAGAGACCUUGAGAACUCCAGGAACAUGCUGGUUCUUAACCUCAGCCACAACAGCAUUGACAACAUACCAAAUCAGCUGUUCAUUAACCUCACGGAUUUAUUAUACUUGGAUCUGAGUGACAAUAAGCUGGAUAGCCUGCCUCCGCAGAUGAGACGCCUGGUUCACUUGCAGACCUUAAUACUCAACAACAACCCCCUCAUGCAUGCACAGCUAAGACAACUGCCAGCCAUGGUAGCCCUUCAAACCCUCCAUCUGAGGAAUACCCAACGUACCCAAAGCAACAUGCCAACAAGCCUGGAGGGCCUCACUAAUCUUGCAGAUGUGGACUUGUCCUGUAAUGAUUUAACCAGGGUCCCAGAAUGCCUUUACACACUGUCUAACCUGAAACGCCUCAACCUGAGCAGCAACCAGAUCUCUGAGUUGUCAUUGUGCAUUGAUCAGUGGACGCAACUAGAGACUCUGAACCUCUCCAGAAACCAGCUGACAUCACUGCCGUCAGCUGUGUGCAAGUUGUCGAAGCUGAAGAAGUUGUAUUUGAACUCAAAUAAGCUUGAUUUUGAUGGCAUCCCCUCCGGGGUUGGGAAGCUGUCCAACCUGGUGGAGUUUAUGGCUGCCAACAAUAAUCUAGAGCUUAUCCCUGAAGGAUUGUGCAGGUGUGGAAAGUUGAAAAAGCUGGUCCUCAAUAAGAAUCGCCUUGUUACUUUACCUGAAGCAAUCCAUUUCCUCACAGACCUAGAGGUCCUUGAUGUGAGAGAAAAUCCAAACCUUGUGAUGCCCCCAAAACCAGUAGACAGGACAGCUGAGUGGUACAACAUUGACUUCUCACUGCAAAACCAGCUCCGACUGGCUGGGGCAUCUCCAGCUACUGUGGCUGCAGCGGGUGGAGGAAACAGUCCGAGAGAUCCGCUGGCUAGAAAGAUGAGGUUGAGAAGACGGAAGGAUUCAGCUCAGGAUGAUCAGGCUAAACAGGUCCUGAAAGGGAUGACGGAUGUGGCCCAGGAAAAGAAUAAAUCCAUGGAGGAGGAUAAUGAGCUGAAAUAUUCAGACCUGAAGGCACGGCGCUGGGAUAAGAACCUGGAGAAGCCCCAGUUGGAUUACUCUGAGUUCUUCCUGGAGGAUGUGGGCCAGAUUCCAGGGGUCACUGUGUGGCAGAUCGAGAAUUUUGUGCCUGUUCAGGUAGACGAGGCCUUCGUCGGGAAGUUCUAUGAAGCAGACUGCUACAUCGUACUGAAGACCUACCUGGAUGAAAAUGGCUCCUUGAACUGGCAUAUCUUCUACUGGAUUGGUCAGGAAGCCACAUUGGACAAGAAAGCAGGUUCUGCCAUCCAUGCGGUGAACCUGCGUAACUACUUGGGUGCGGAAUGCAGGACCAUUCGGGAGGAGAUGGGGGACGAGAGUGAAGAGUUCACUGCGAUUUUUGACAAUGAAAUUUCCUAUAUCGAGGGAGGCACUGCUAGCGGAUUCUUCACAGUGGAGGACACCCAGUAUGUAACAAGGCUCCACAGAGUUUAUGGUAAGAAGAACAUCAAGCUGGAAUCUGUCCCCCUGAAGGCUUCUUCUCUGGACCCACGGUUUGUCUUCCUGCUGGACACUGGUUUAGUGAUCUAUGUGUGGAGAGGAGCUAAUGCCACGCUGAGUGGCACUACAAAGGCCAGGUUAUUUGCUGAGAAGAUUAACAAGAAUGAGAGAAAGGGAAAAGCAGAGAUCACUUUACUGGUUCAGCAUCAGGAGACUCCAGAAUUCUGGGAAGUCCUUGGGGGGCAACCUGAAGAAAUCAAGAAGCAUGUUCCGGACGACUUCACCCCGGUUCGGCCCAAACUGUACAAGGUUGGCCUUGGCCUGGGGUACCUGGAACUGCCUCAGAUUAACUACAAACUGUCAGUGGAGCACAAAGACAAGCUCAAACUGGACGUCAUUCCUGAGCACAGACUGCUCCAGAGCCUCCUGGACACAAAGGGUGUGUACAUCCUUGACUGCUGGUCGGACGUCUUCAUCUGGAUCGGGCGCAAGUCCCCGCGGCUGGUGAGGGCCGCUGCCCUCAAACUGGGACAGGAAGUGUGUGGUAUGCUGCACCGGCCGAAACACGCCAUGGUCAUCCGCAACCUGGAGGGAACCGAGUGCCAGGUUUUCAAAUCCAAGUUUAAGAACUGGGACGACGUGCUCAAGGUGGACUACACACGCAAUGCCGAGACGGUCCUGAAAAAGGAGGGCUUGUCAGGCAAGGUGAAGAAAGACGUGGAGCAGAAGGGCCAGAUGAAGGCUGACCUUACAGCCCUGUUCCUCCCGCGACAGCCGCCCAUGCCUCUCGCAGAGGCUGAGCAGAUGAUGGAGGAGUGGAAUGAAGAUCUGGACGGAAUGGAGGGCUUUGUUUUAGAGGGAAAGAAAUUUGCUCGUUUGCCAGAAGAGGAGUUUGGACACUUCUACACUCAGGAUUGUUACGUGUUCUUGUGCAGGUACUGGGUGCCUGUGGAGUACGAGGAAAAUGAAGAGAAGGAAGGCGACAAAGGGGACGGUGAGGGGGAGGAGGAGGACUUCCAGUGUGUGGUGUACUUCUGGCAGGGGCGUGAAGCCUCCAACAUGGGCUGGCUCACCUUCACCUUCAGCCUCCAGAAGAAAUUUGAGAGCCUUUUCCCCGGCAAACUCGAGGUUGUGCGAAUGACGCAGCAGCAGGAGAAUCUCAAGUUUCUGUCGCAUUUCAAGAGGAAGUUCAUCAUCCAUAAAGGAAAGAGGAAGCUGAAGGAUGACAAUGUGCAGCCUAGCUUGUACCACAUCAGGACUAAUGGUAGUGCCCUGUGCACCAGGACAAUCCAGAUUCCCACAGACUCCAGCAACCUCAAUUCAGAAUUCUGUUUCAUAUUAAAGGUGCCAUUUGAGAGCACGGAUAACCAAGGUAUAGUGUACACCUGGGUGGGCAGAGCAGCAGAUCCAGAUGAGGCUAAACUAGCGGAAGACAUCAUGAACACCAUGUUUGAUGACACCUAUAGCAAACAGGUGAUCAAUGAGGGAGAGGAGCCAGAAAACUUCUUCUGGGUGGGAAUUGGCUCUCAGAAGCCGUACGAUGAAGAUGCAGACUACAUGAAAUAUGCCAGACUCUUCAGGUGCUCAAAUGAAAAAGGCUUCUUCUCCGUGUCGGAGAAGUGUUCUGACUUCUGCCAAGACGACCUUGCCGAUGAUGACAUCAUGCUUCUGGACAAUGGAAAAGAGGUAUACAUGUGGGUGGGCACUCAGACCAGUCAGGUGGAGAUCAAACUGAGCUUGAAGGCCUGUCAGGUGUACAUCCAGCACAUGAGGUCGAAGGACUCGGAGCACCCCAGGAAGCUGCGUCUGGUGCGCAAAGGCAAUGAGCCUCAUUGCUUCACACGCUGCUUCCAUGCCUGGAGCGCUUUCCGGAAGCCGCCUGCCUAGAGAGCGCAGUACAAGUACAGCAUGUUGUCUGUCAAACGCUUCCACCGUCCACAUGAGGUAGACAUUAGAGAAUGCAAUAUACUGCAACACGCUCACUUUUUUCUAAACCCCGUUCACUGCCCACUCGCUGCGUUUACAGGAAGGUCAUGUUGUGGUGAAUGUUUUGAAAUGAAUAUGAGAGAUUGUAAGAUGGUAAAAGGUAGGACUUUUUUAAAAGCUGCAUUUCAUUCAUACAACAGGAUUGUUUUCCGUUGAAAAUGCAUCACCAGUUACGGACAAAUUAACAUUUUUGUGGGGUGAAACAACUACUUGUGUAAAGGUCUAAGUAUUAGGUUACAAUUUUUAAUCUGUUCUUCUGCAUCAACAAUCUAUUUUAUUAGGGCUUCACAUGUAAUUGCAAAAAAAAACUAUUUAAUGCUUUGGCUGAAUUUAACAUUUUGGCCUCAGUAUCUAUAUUAAGUAUUGCUUUGCAGAGGUUUAAACAGUCAAACAAAUAGGCAUAUAUAUAUUAAUCAUUGUUACAAUUAGGAAAGAUUUAUGCCACAGUAACACAUGCGAUGUCUUGAGAGAGCAGGACAUGCAAUAAUUCCUGAGAUGUAAUUUAUGUGAAGUCUGUGUCAGACUGUACAUGUCAAAAUCCUCCACACGGUUAUAGCUGAAUACUGUCCUCCUGAGAAUGUUUUACUUACUGUUUGUCUCAGCUUGAUUUUAUCAGUCUGAUGCUUGGUGAAAACGGUGCCAAAACACCCCUGAUGGCUGAAUUGCAGCCGCAAGGCUCUGGUUCUUAUGUCAUAAAUGAAGAGCUACCCCCCCAUCUCCCCCCCCCCCCCUUUUUGAUUGAGCAACCAGUAUUGUAGCCAGGGAGCUGCUCAGCAUGACUGCGAUAUUUACCACAGGCAAGCAAUCAAUGCAUCGAAGUAGAACGUAAUGGGGGGACGGAAGAGAGGGGAAGUCCUUUGAAAUGGAUCUCAUCUCUUAAUGUGAGCAUUGCACUGUAGCACGUCCUUUGUUCGGCACUCAAACUGCACAAAACUGCCGGGAAGCAAUUUACAAGUUCCUGUAUAUGCAACGUACACUGUUAUUACUCCUGCUGCAGCCCUUCAUUAAAAGGCCUCCAGGGAGUUAGACUUCUAGACCAGUAUCUGCUUGUCAUCUCUGUGGAAGCUUGGUGUUUGUGUUUUAGUAACCCCCCCCUUUCUGUUUUAGCUAUUCAUUGUUUAUCCUCUACUUACUUUCAUUACUCAUAAGGAUAUACUUUUCCCUAUAAAGUACCAAAGCUGAUUUUGCACUUGGCUUCUAUUGAAUAUCCCCAAGAGGUGGUCACUGUCUGAGGGAUUGAGGACAGAAAAUACUGUAUUUAUUUUGUACCAGAAUAAAAGUUCAUAAUGAA